AUGCUUUCAGGAAGUGUUGCUACCAACUCAAUGGACGCCUUGCAAUGUUUCACUUCCAUCAGCGACAGCAUUCCCUCCUGGAUCACUCGAGUCACUGAGCUGGCAGAACACACGUCGCGGAAACACGCCGAAUUCUCCGAGGAGUUUAAACGACUCGCAACAACAAACAUACACUCGAUUCGACCCGCAUCCGAUGUACUAUUUCAACCUGGUGUAGCUCCAGAUGCUAAUACGUCGCACGUGUCCGGACAUGCAAGCCCGUCAAUCCGUUUGCGGCGUGAAUUGAUUAUAUUCUAUGACAGCCAUACCCAAACUGAGCUCGAGGGAAUGGUACGCGAUAUUGGAAAUGCCCGGAAUAGUCUUCGCAAGGGCAAACUGUCACAACUCAUGGGUAAAUCCAACGGCGGAAUAGACAUGUUCGCCAGCGCCCGAUCGUGCGGAAUUCAGCUUCCUCGGGAUGGAUUUCGGAGAACUCGUCUCUCUACAACAGCAGGAACUACCCAAAAGGAGUCGGCAUUUGAAUAUACCGAUAAACAAUUGGAAACUGCACAGAGUCUAUGUGAAACCGCCGCUCACCAAUUCCUUCGCACCGGUGAUUGUGCAAAGGUACUCAAGGAUAUACUUAGCAAGUUUGAAACUGUACUCCAAACAACUACGCAAGAAGCCGCUCGACUACGUGAGGAAAAGGAGCGAGAAGCCGAGCAGCAACAGGCGGAGGCGAAGGAGCAACAGCAGGCGAAUGGUGUCACCUCGGUCUAUCCAUCUCCGCUCAAAUCAAUCAUCGCAGAGGACGAUAAGCCUCCUGAACCCGGUACGGCGACUAUUGAGGUUGACGAUACGGUAUCCGAUUCCUCGAUAUCGAUUGAUAUAACAGCGUUUCGCUCGAAUCGGUUCCGGAUGUAA